UACAAACUGAAAUCAAUGAAAUGAGAGUUUUAUUACAUCAAGGAGAUGUAGAGAGCAUGUCAAGACAGGAAUUGAAGGAAGAUAUUGAACGUAAAGAAAAACAUUUAGCCGAACUUCUUAAAAUGGAGGCUGCGACCGAGUUAUCGUUACCCAGGCGUUCAGAGCGGCCUAGUGUGCUAACGGAGAAAAUGCUAGCCUACCAAAAAGACGAAAUGAUGAAAAAGGACAGAAAGUUGAUGAGUCUCUACGAACAAUGGAAAGGGCUAAUCAGAACAUCCAGAGAAAGCUUAAAAACUGACUUAUCAGAGCACGAGUUGUGUGUAAUGGCCGAUGAUAUUGAAAAGGGUUUGAAUGACAUGAUGAAGGUGUACAGUGAAAUAAGGGAGCGUACUAUGCCAUCCUCUGAAACAAGACGCAAAAUGGACUCUUGUGAAGCAGUAACUAAGGACAUUAUGAAAAUACUUAAUGAACGUAUAACAGCAAUAGACGGUGAUUUCGAUGUAAGUAGAGAAAGGCAGCGCCUUCAUCAGCUACUGUCACAUCAGUAUGCCCACUCCAUCUACGGCACCGCUUCUCAGUCUAGCGUCAGUAAGCAGUCUGACACUUCAAGCAUCGCAGUCAAAAGGAUUGAUGCAGCGGCGGAGUUAGCUGUAAAGGAAGCAGAAUAUAAGAUUGUGCAGGAGGAAAUUAAACAAAGGAAAAAAAUGAAAGAUAUAGAAUCCGAACUUGAGCGUUUAAAGGCAGAAAAGGAAAUGCAAGCUGCUCGCGCAAAACUUGAGAUCUACGACAGAGAAAUGAACAUGGACGUGGACAGUCAGCAAAUACAACCAAACAAUAUUCCUUUCUCUGUUGACCACCAAUCUGUUCAUGAAGCGCCAGCUCCCUCUAGUGGCUUACCUCCGUUAAUGCCACAAAACAAUGUGUCUAUCCAUAUGUCAAGUCACACGGUGAACAACCCAAACCCUCAAAUUGUAACUCAAACGCCUCUCACAGACAUUUCUCAGUUGGCCCAAGCAAUUCAAAACAGUAUAGCUAUAAACAGAAUCCCAGUGCCAAUGCUUACAGUGUUCAGCGGAGAUCCAAUUAACUACAUUGAAUGGAAGGCUUCAUUCUCUUCACUUGUCGACUGCAAAGACAUCUCACCUGCUGAUAAGCUGCACUUGCUUAAAAGGUAUGUCACAGGCCCAGCUAAAAAUUGUCUUGAGGGCACAUUCUUUCGCAGCGAUGAAGAGGCAUACAAGGACGCAUGGCAAAAACUUGACCAACGUUAUGGACCGCCCUUUAUCGUCCAGAGAGCUUUCAGAGACAAACUGUCAAAAUGGCCUAAAAUAAGCUCGAAAGACGCUGAAGGAUUAAGAACAUUUUCAGACUUUUUAAAUGCAUGUCUCCAAGCCACACCAUACGUAAAAGGCCUAGAAAUACUAAGUGACUGUGAGGAAAAUCAAAAGUUACUACAGAAAGUUCCUGACUGGCUGGCAGCCCGCUGGAAUCGACAUGUCACAGUUACACUUAUGGACGGCAAGGAUUUUCCCUCUUUUAAAGACUUUGCACAAUUUGUGGCAGUCGAAGCGGAGAUCGCAUGCAACCCGAUCACUUCGUCAUAUGCUCUACACUCAUGCAACGCAUCUAACGAGAAAAGGUCCACAAAAGACUCAAAACCAAACAGAUCCACACAAGUCUUCACAACGCAAGCCACGGUACAAAACAACAAGGCAAAGACAAGUUAUACAAAGGUAAAGGUACCCUGCAUGUUUUGCAAAGAUGAAACCCAUCAGCUGUCAAAAUGCUCUAACUUUUUAGAUCAUCCCUUAGAAGAGAAACGCACAUAUGUUAAGGACAAUAAACUGUGCUAUGGAUGCUUAAAGGUGGGUCAUAAUGUCAAAGAUUGUCGCCAUCGUCACACUUGUGACAUUUGCGAAGGAAGGCAUCCCACUUGUCUGCACAAUGACAAUUACAAGGCAUAUGAAAGGUCUCAAAGCUAUGGAAACACCACUCCAAGCACUCCAAAUGAGACUGCGGCAGUCACAGCUCUCAACAUAUCUAAGGUGGGUCAGUCAAGUAGCACAUCCAUGAUUGUUCCUGUGUGGGUGUCUACGGUUCAGAGCCCGUCCAAAGAGCAAUUAGUUUACGCACUACUAGACACACAGAGUGACAGCACAUUUGUCUGUGAAGAAUUAAGCAAACAGCUACGAGCGGACACGCACCCCGUAAAGUUAAAGCUAACUACCAUGCUGGGUGUUCACUCUAUUGUUAAGAGUCACAGAGUAACUGGAAUGCGUGUGAGGGGUUAUGACUCAGACAUUUGCAUCGACCUACCCCCCUCAUAUACCAAAGAUUUUAUCCCAGUUAACUAUGACAACAUACCCACUAGUGACACAGCAAAGCAAUGGCCCCACCUGACAGAAAUUGCUGAUAAGAUACCACCUCUUCUGAGUUGUGAUGUUGGACUCCUUAUAGGAUUUAACUGUCCCAGAACUUUAGCUCCAAGACAAGUUCUACUAGGAGAAGGUGAGGAGCCAUAUGCUAUCCGCACGGACCUAGGGUGGAGUAUCGUUGGAGGCUCCGCACCAGAGCUCAAUGAAACUCAGUUAAGUUUGUGUCAUCGAAUCACAAUAAAGGAAUUACCCAUUGUAACUCCCAUGGACGUGAUUAAUGUGCUAGAGUCAGAUUUUAAGGACACAACGGCAAGUGACAACACAGUCUCACAAGAGGAUCUCAUCUUUUUGGACAAACUCAAGGGAGGAAUAAGGAAAAACGAACAAGGACACUAUGAGAUGCCUCUUCCUUUCAGACAAAGGCCACACUUGCCCAACAACCGAAAGCUUGCUGAAAUCCGACUCGAACACUUAAAGCGAAAGUUCAACAAAGAUGAAAGUUAUAAAAGAGACUAUAUAGCUUACAUGAAAGACAUGACCGAAAGGAAUGAUGUCGAAGAAGUACACAAUGAAGGAAAACAAGGUGAGCGAUGGUACAUUCCCCAUCACAGGAUUUAUCACCCCAAAAAGCCCAAUAAACUACGUGUUGUGUUCGAUUGUUCAGCCAAACACAAUGGUACAAGUCUAAAUGAUUAUCUUCUCCAAGGGCCAGACCUGAUUAACAAUCUAACCGGCAUCCUCCUUCGGUUCAGACAACAUCCUGUUGCUUUAAUGUGCGAUAUAGAGAAGAUGUUUCACCAGUUUCACGUUCAGAGUUGCGACAGAGAUUACCUGAGUUUUCUGUGGUGGAAAAACGGCAACACAGAGACUCAGCCACAGGUAUACAGGAUGAAGGUACAUCUUUUCGGUGCGACAUCAUCUCCAGGGUGCGCAAAUUAUGGUUUAAGGUAUUUGGCUAAAGAACACUGUCACACACACCCUGCAGGAUCUGAGUUCAUGGAAAGGGACUUUUAUGUGGACGAUGGAGUCACAAGCACAGAUACAGUUGAAAAGGCAAUACAGCUCGCACAAGAGGCCACAGAGAUAUGCAAGCAAGGAGGGCUCCGUCUACACAAAUUUAUCUCAAACAGCCCUGCUGUUCUACAAAGCAUCCCACCAUCUGAACGUGCAAUAGAGAUAAAAAUAAAGGACUUGACAUUCAAAGACAUGCCACAAGAAAGGGCCUUAGGCAUCAAAUGGAACGUUGAAAGAGACUGUUUCAGAUUUGAUAACACUUUAAAGGACCAACCAGCAACACGUCGAGGUAUUUUAUCUACUGUUGCAUCCAUCUACGACCCCCUUGGCUUCCUGGCGCCAUUCGUGCUUCAUGGAAAAAGGAUCUUGCAGGAAAUGUGUCAUCAAGGUAUCAACUGGGACGACUCUCUGCCAGAAGCAUUGAGGCCAAGGUGGGAGAGCUGGCAACGUGACUUUGCCAACUUAGACAAGGUAAACAUAACUCGCUGUUACUUUCCUGCUAGUUUCGGAGAACUUAAAGAAAUAGAGUUGCACCACUUUUCUGAUGCGAGUACGAGUGGUUAUGGACAAUGCACCUAUUUAAGAGCCAAAAACGUUAAAGAGGAGAUCCACUGUUCAUUAGUAAUAGCCAAAGCCCGUGUUUCUCCUACCAAGCUAACUACAAUCCCCAGACUCGAGCUAACUGCAGCUGUAGUUUCAGUCUCAGUUAGUAACAUGUUGAGAGAUGAACUCUGCUAUGCUCAAAUCAAAGAGUAUUUCUGGACUGAUUCAAGAGUAGUUUUGGGAUAUGUAAACAAUGAGGUACGGCGUUUCCACACUUUUGUAGCGAAUAGGGUCCAAAAGAUUCGCCAAAGUACAAACCCUCAGCAAUGGUUUUACGUGCCAUCUGAAGAGAAUCCAGCCGAUAGUGCAUCUAGGGGUAAAUCUGUCACUGAGCUUCUCUCGUCUAACUGGUUCACAGGCCCCUCCUUUCUCUGGGAGAGAGACCUGCCCACACCACAAAGUUUAGAGCUAGAAUUGUCUCUUGGUGAUCCAGAAGUCAGAAAAACACAGGCAAUGUUAACCAAUGUUACAGAGACAUUCAGCCUUGCAGAACGUUUGUCCAAGUUCUCGUCAUGGUCCAAAGCAGUCAAAGCUGUAGCACGUCUCAUAAGAAGGGCCAAGAAAGUUAAAUCAGAUGCGCCGGCUACAGUGAGUGAACAAGAAAGUGCAGUACAUGUCAUCAUUCAGGAUGUACAAAAACACACGUAUGGAAAGGAGAUAAAGCUAUUAAACAAAGGCAAUCAGCUCCCACACCACAACAAACUGUUCCACUUAGACAUUUUCAGGGACACGGAUGGUCUCAUCAAGGUCGGAGGGAGACUUUCAUCUAGCAAAGACUCUUUCAAACACCCUAUCGUGAUUCCAAAAGAACAUCACGUGACUAAACUCAUAAUAGCUCACUGUCACGACAAAGUAAAACACCAAGGAAAAGGCUUCACCACAAACGAAAUCAGAUCCAGCGGCUACUGGAUCCCCGGGAUGAGCAGAACCGUUGCUUCUUUCAUCCGCCAGUGUAUCAUUUGUCGUAGACUUCGCAAGGCUCCGGAGGGUCAGAGAAUGAGCGACCUGCCAGCAGAACGCUUGGAGCCCUCUCCACCCUUCACAUAUUGCGGUAUGGACUGUUUCGGCCCUUUUGUAACUACAGAAGGCCGAAAACAACAUAAAAGGUAUGGACUUUUGUUCACUUGUUUUUGCUCUCGCGCCAUUCACAUCGAGCUGUUAGAAGACCUAUCCACUGACACAUUCAUUAAUGCACUAAGGUGUUUCAUUUCUAUCAGAGGUGAAAUUCGACAAAUCCAGUGUGAUCAGGGAACAAACUUUGUUGGCGCAAAGAAUGAGUUUAAAACUGCCCUAAGUGAACUGGACACUCAAAGACUGAGUACUUAUCUGUCCCAAAAGCAGUGCGACUUUGUGAUGAACGCACCUCACUCCAGUCACGCAGGUGGAGUGUGGGAACGCCAGAUAAGGACUGUCAGAAGUGUUUUGAAUACUACUCUGUCACUUGCACAUGGUAGAUUAAAUGAUGCUUCACUAAGGACUUUAUUUUAUGAAGCUAUGGCCAUAGUAAACAGUCGCCCACUGACUGUAGACAAUCUUAACAGCCCUGACAGCUUGGAGCCGCUUACCCCUAACCAUCUGCUCCACAUGAAAUCCAGCACAACACUGCCCCCACCUGGUGUCUUCUCAAAAGAGGACCUCUAUGGAGCAAAGAGAUGGCGUCGUGUGCAGUUUUUGACUGAGCAGUUCUGGUGCAGAUGGAGGCGUGAGUAUCUGCAAAACAUUAUUGCCAGACAGCGCUGGCACUCACCAAAAAGAAAUCUAAGAGAAGGUGACAUUGUGUUGGACAUUGACGAACUGUCACCCAGAGGUGAAUGGAGACUCGCCAGAGUCCUGGAGACCAUUAGCAGCAAGGACGGACUCGUGCGAAGAGUGAAAAUCUCCUUUGGAGACAGGAGACUGAACAACAAAGGUCAACGCAGUAAUAAGCUCACUAGUGUAGAGCGUCCUGUGCAAAAGCUAAUUCUGAUAUUAGAAUGUUCAUGAGAUACGAGAAAUGGUUAUUCCUGUUGAAAAUUCUUCGUUGUUGUUAUCUUGAUAUAACAAAUCAUUCAUAAUUUUGGUGGGAGUGUAAAUAACCAUUAGUAUAUUUUGUUAUAGAAAAGUCUUUUAUUUUGAAAUUUAUAUAGUGAAAUGGUUGACUUCCGGUUUUAAGUUACACGCAUUCCCUCUUCCUUUGGAAGCGCGCGCACCCUGGUUAGCGCAGUUUCAGUAUACAGCUUGUUAGCCCAAAUACGGUAGUAACUUCAACACGGAGCAGUGAUGAACAUUAAAUUCAUAUUUGCAGCCCCUCCAAAGAGGCAAAAGCUCUUACGUUGGUGAUAUGGUGUAUGGUUUAUAGUUCAAAAAGAAGGAUUAAACAUCAUAAAACCAUCAGUAAAAGUCUCAUUCUUCUACGGGGGGCCUGCCACACAAACCGUUUGAGUAAACAGAUUGCCUUGAUUUAAACCAUGUAAGUUAUAAAGCUUUGCAUUUGUAACCCCUCUCUCCCGGGUCCUCUCUGAGGCUCCGAGCGGGGGUAACCCGGGUCUUCGGCAUGGGAGGAGGACGCACUAACAAGGAGGCUAAAUGGCUACAGCCACUAACGUCUGUCGCUAGUGCGUCUCUUGAGAUCGGGGAGUGAGGUUUACCUGCAAAUUAAGCGAUUAACUAAGUGCUGAUUGUGAAUUAGUGAUGAACAGCUGCUGUUAACAAACAGAAUCACUGAAGAAAAGAGAAACACAAGAACUACUACAACUGACUUCAGACACAGACUUAGAUGAAAUCAACUGAAAUAAAAUACAUGAAAUCUCUCAAGAUCUGAUUAAACAACCCCACAAACAGCAUCACCAGCUCCACUUAUUAAUAACCAGACUGACUUUAUUUCUGUCAGACGUCUACAGAAGAUCUUAUUGAGAAUGAACUAAGGUUUAGAUGUUGAUUUAUUGUUUCAUUUGAAGUAACCAUGUUAGAGAUCAGUGUUUGCUUUAAUUGGGCUCUUGACCCUUGAUUUCUGUCUUAGUCUUUUCUCUGGUUGUUAUAACCAUGUGUUUCUAAAACACAUUUGUUGUAACUCAAAAGCCCAGAAGAAAUAAGUGUUAACCUGUACUUAGAUAUAGGUUGAUUCCUUUUGCUGUGUGGGUGUGGAAACUUUACACUGGACCUCAAGCAACGAUGAUUGUGUGCCUCUUCUCUCUUCCUCCAGACUCUGGGACCCUGAUUUCCAAAGGAAAUGCUAAAUUUGAUUGUGUAGCCUACAGAACUUGGCUGAGAGACCAUUUAAAGGCCAUUGCAGGUGUUUUAAGUUAAUUAGCUGAUUCGAGUGUGGCACCAGGUGUCUUUAAUAUUAAACCUUUUCACAAUAUUCUAAUUCUCUGAGAUAAUGAAUUUGGGAUUUUACUUAGUUGUCAGUUAUAAUCAUCGAAAUUAAAAGAAAUAAACAUUUGAAAUAUAUCAGUCUGUGUGUAAUGAAUGAAUAUAAUUUACAAGUUUAACUUUUUGAAUGGAAUU